AUGCAUAUAUUUUCAAAUAUUUCCAAGAGCAAUCAAAUGAAUGCAAGGCAAUAUAAAGGGACCAUAAACUCAAGAAAUAAGCAGGUAGCCAAUAAUUCCAUAAAAUUCGAUUUAAAUAAAAAAAAAACUAGCCCCUCAAAUGCAAGUUUUAUACAAAAUAAUUUAAAAGUGAAUAUGCAAAAACAAAGUAACAAUAUGAGAAAUAGUAUAGGAAACAACAUAAAUCAGUUAGAAUUAAAAUGGAAUAAAUAUUUAGAUAACGUGUUAAAACUAAAUGAAUAUGUAAAACUUCCAAAUAGUGUAAAUAAUGAACAUGAUAAAAAAAAAUGGAAAAAAGCACACACUCUAAGAAAUAAAAUGAAAGAAUAUGAUCUUAUGACAAGAAAAAAAUUAUUUAAUAAUAAUAUUAUUAAUAAUAAAGCCAAGUUAAAUAGAGAAAGAUAUAUUGUGUUAAAUCGAAUCCCUAGAUAUAGAGAAGCAUUCCCAUCUGUCUUGGAUACUUCAAAUAAAAUAAAAGAAGAUAUUAUACGCACUUAUCUUAAAUCCCAUGCAUGCUAUUUAGUUUCUGAAAUGAAAAAAAAUAAUGAUAAUAAUAAUAUGAGCUUUAGCAAUAUCAUACAAAUGAAUAAUAACACAACAGGUAUCAAUCCCUCUAAUAUUACUGCUAAAUCUAUGAAAAAUAUGCAAAAAAAAAAUAAUAGCACAAAUGGAAAAGGUAAUAAUUCUUUAAAUUAUUUAUAUAACAAGACAAUAAAUUAUUCAAACGGAGAAAAAAAUAAAAAAAAUGAUCUUUCAUAUAAUUUGUGGGAAAAAGCAAUGAUGAAAAAUUUAAAAAAAGAAAAUAUGAUGAAAAAAGAAAAUGGCAAUAAAUCUUUGAAAAAAAUUGAUCAAAAAAAAAACAAAAAACAAAUAUAUAAUUAUCGAAAUAAUGCUAACAAUAAUUAUAACGAAAAUGAUCUUAAAAAUUAUAAUAUUCAAAUAAAUGGUGUCUAUUCCAAUUUAAAUAAUAAUAAUAAAAAAAAAAAUAUGCCUAAUAUAACUCCCAAAAAUAUACAUAUAGAAACAGAUUUAUAUAACAUUGGAAAAAAUCAAAAUUUAUUUGAUUAUGGACAAAAUGUUAUUGUUCAUGAUGAAAAAAGAGAGGAUGCUUAUGAAAUUUAUCCCAAUACUCAAAUGAAUUAUAUUUCAAAAGAGCAAAAUAAUUCCCUUCAAAAUUUUAAUAUGCAUUAUUCAACUGCUGAUUAUUCCAAAGAUGAUUUGCCAAUUCGAGAAAAUUUUAAAACAGAUCAUAUGCGUGAUGUUUCAAAUACGCAAUAUCAAUAUUCAAAUAAAGGCAAUUCUAACGAAUAUAUAAGUGAAUACUCAAAUAAUCGAAUGGGGAAAAAUUAUGAAAAUUAUAAUAAAAAAAAAACUAGCUGUGGUUAUAAAAAAGAUCGAUUUUCUUUAUUUGGAAGGAUUAAACAUAAUAAAGAUAUAGAAGUAAAACUACUUUUAAACAAAGCCUGA